CGGCUUUGUUUGAUGGGCGUUGUUGAUAGCGUGUUCUCUUUCCGGAGGACUGCUCCCCGCUACUGAGGCGUGCUUUCUAAUCACGGCUCACAAUAAGUGGUUACAAUGAGCGUCCCGGCUUUCAUUGACAUUACAGAGGAGGAUCAGGCCUCGGAGCUCCGGGCCUACAUCAAAUCCAAAGGAGCGGAGAUUUCCGAAGAGAACUCUGAAGGGGGGCUACAUGUGGAUUUAGCUCAGAUCAUUGAAGCUUGCGAUGUCUGUCUCAAGGAUGACGACAAAGAUGUGGAGAGCGUGAUGAACAGCAUCGUGUCUCUGCUGCUCAUCCUGGAGACGGAGAAACAGGAGGCCCUCAUCGAGAGCCUGUGUGAGAAGCUGGUGAAGUUCAGGGAAGGAGAGCGUCCCUCUCUCAGGAUGCAGCUGCUGAGUAAUCUGUUCCAUGGGAUGGAUGAAAACACGGCUGUCAGGUACACCGUUUACUGCGGCCUCAUCAAGGUAGCGGCCACCUGCAACGCCAUUGCGUUCAUUCCGACCGAGCUCGAUCAGGUGCGAAAGUGGAUAACGGACUGGAAUCUGACCACAGAGAAGAAGCACACACUCCUCAGGCUGGUGUAUGAAGCGCUGGUGGACUGCAAGAAAAGUGAGGCGGCUGCUAAGGUGAUGGUGGAGCUGUUGGGCAGCUACACGGAGGACAAUGCCUCUCAGGCCCGCGUUGACGCUCACAGGUGUAUCGUCCGUGCUUUGAAAGACCCAAACACGUUCCUGUUCGACCACCUCUUGGCCCUGAAGCCUGUGCGUUUCUUGGAAGGGGAGCUGAUCCAUGACCUCUUGACCAUCUUUGUAAGCGCGAAACUAGCCUCGUACGUCAAGUUCUACCAGAACAACAAGGACUUCAUCGAUUCCCUAGGUCUGUCACACGAGCAGAACAUGGCUAAGAUGAGGCUCCUCACGUUCAUGGGGAUGGCGGUGGAGAUCAAGGAGAUCUCUUUCCAGACCAUGCAGCAGGAGCUGCAGAUCGGCGCUGAAGAUGUGGAGGCCUUCGUCAUCGACGCUGUUCGAACCAAGAUGGUCUACUGCAAAAUUGACCAGACGCAGCGCAAAGUCGUGGUGAGCCACAGCACACACCGGACCUUUGGGAAGCAGCAGUGGCAGCAGCUCUACGACAGCCUCAACUCCUGGAAGCUGAACCUGGUGACCGUGAAGAACAGCCUGCAGACCCUCUCAACCACCACUUAAACGCCCUCCCCCACCCAACUGCAGUUUUAUAUUUACCAAAUAAAAAUUGAGAGGAAUUA